AUGGCGCAAGUGGAAGGGAACCCGGCCAAGCGGGCGGGGCUUCGGCAGAACAAAAAGCUUCGGUACCUCCUCCUCGGUGCGAUCCUUGUCUUGAUAGCCACCGCCGUCUCUGUCACAGUGAUCGUCCGGAAAAGUUCGGCAGCGGCUGAGGCGCCACCGUCGGCCGUGUCAUCACCUUCCACCACUACAUCCUCCCCCGCGGCAGCGACACCGAGCCCUACAACAACCAUCGGGACACCCAGGCUUGUCCAAACUCUCACAGGUCAUACUGACGCCCUGUACGAUCUCGUCGUCGCCCCCGACGGCAGGCACAUCUUCACCAGCAGCACAGAUCGCACCGUGAAAAUGUGGGAAGUCCCUCUGGGAAGCUUCUCCCCCAUUUGGCAGUACGAUGUCCCGACACGCAAUUCCUCUACAUCCGAUCCCGCAGCUUACAAAAAUGGGCUCCCUACCCUGGCUGUCACACCAGACGGUCGCCAGCUGUAUGCUCGGGGAUUGGAUGGGCCUCUCGAUGUUGUGAAGAAGUGGACGAUCGAAAAAGGAAGCAUCGUCAACGCCGGCAAUCCCGACCGGCUGCUAUCCAUGCCAACUUCCUCCGCCAUCGCACACCUUGUUAUAACCCCUGACGGUCGGAGCCUUCUAGUUGGGAACGGCACUGGAAUUGUGCAUUGGGACAUCCUCGGAGGAUCGGUGUUGCGCACCCUGGAAGGCCUUCCGAGUGCAGUGAUCUCUCUCGGCGUCACCCCUGACAGCGCGCAACUCUUCAGCGCGAGUUUGAAUGAAUACACCGUCAGGCAGUGGCGGUUGUCCGACGGCGCGCUGCUCCGCAACCUUACGGGUCAUUCGAACCAGGUCUGGUGGAUUGUCGUAUCACCCGACAGCAAACUCGUGUUUACUGGGUCGCGAGAUUCCACCGUCAAGAUCUGGGAUGUGGCAACUGGCAAUCUCCUGAAAACUUUUGUGCCGCAUACUGGUUGGGUAGUCGCACUGGCCCUGUCACCCGACGGAGCGUAUCUCUUCACCGGGGGUUACGACGACAAGACGGCCAAGAUCUGGAGUCUAGCGGGGUAG